AUGGUUGCCGGGCCGGAGGUCAUGCAUCAGGUCGUUCCGAUGCUGGAGGCGCAGUUCCGCCGGUGCCCCGUCAGAGGGGCCGAGGAGGUCGUCGUCGGGGUCGGGGUCGGGGUGUCGUCGCCGCCGCCGCCGGUCGAUUCGCAAGCGCAGGUCGACCUCGAGGUGCCCGAUCUGGUCAAGACGCCUUUGGAGACGCUACAGUUUGUCCCCAAGAUUAGAUCUGGGAGCUUCGCUGAUAUUGGACCUAGGCGGUACAUGGAAGAUGAGCAUAUCAGAAUUGAUAAUCUUUCUGGUCAUCUUGGCUCACUAUUGCUGUGCCCGUCCCCUAAUGCCUUCUAUGGGGUUUUUGAUGGCCAUGGAGGUUCAGAUGCAGCAGCCUACAUGAAAAGGCAUGCCAUGAGGUUGUUCUUUGAGGAUUCAGAGUUCCCAGAAGGAUUGCAAGAAGAUGAAUUCUUUUCUGAAUCUGUUGCGAACUCAAUCCGCAAAGCGUUCUUGAGUGCAGACCUUGCUCUUGCAGACGAUUCAGUCAUCAGCCGAUCGUCGGGAACCACAGCUCUUACAGCUUUGAUCUUUGGAAGGCAGUUGUUGGUUGCAAAUGCUGGGGAUUGCCGAGCAGUUCUAUGCAGGAAAGGCAUGGCUAUGGAGAUGUCCCGUGAUCACAGGCCAACAUAUGAAGCAGAGCGUCAAAGGGUCACUGAGUGUGGGGGAUACAUCGAAGACGGCUACCUCAACGGAGUAUUGUCGGUGACUCGUGCUCUAGGGGAUUGGGACAUGAAAAUGCCUCAAGGCUCGCAGUCACCUCUGAUUGCUGAGCCAGAGUUCCAGCAGACCAUCCUCACAGAGGACGACGAGUUCCUCAUCAUAGGCUGCGACGGGAUAUGGGACGUCAUGACCAGCCAGCAGGCGGUGACCCUGGUCCGGAAGGGGCUCCGACGGCACGAUGACCCCGAGAGGUGCGCGAGGGAGCUCGCCAUGGAGGCGAAGAGGCUCCAGACCUUCGACAACCUGACGGUGAUUGUCAUUUGCUUUGCCUCCGAGCUCGGCGGGUGCCUGCGGACUUCGGAGGAGGCGUCAUCGAGGAGGAUAAGAUCUUGCAAGAGCCUGUCUGCUGAGGCCCUUUGCAACCUGAGGAGAUUGCUGGAGUCUGAUCAGUAG